UGCCUGAAGAAAAAAAAAAAGCCGUAAAUGUGACUCGACAGCACAGCUGCUGUCCUUCAAAGCUGGACGUAUUCCCCACAUGCUAAGUUUCAGCUUGCUUCAGGCUGCCCUGAUCUUUAAUACUGCUUUAGGGUAAAGUGAAUCAGUCAGGUGUUUUUUUUAAACCCAGGUCGGCUAUAAUGGAGUGUCGCGUGUUGUCCAUUCAGAGUCACGUUGUCAGGGGAUACGUUGGGAACAAGUCGGCAACAUUCCCGCUGCAGGUGCUGGGCUUUGAAGUGGACUCCAUCAACUCGGUGCAGUUCUCCAAUCACACAGGCUACGCCCACUGGAAGGGGCAAGUACUGACAGCAGAAGAACUGAAUGUGCUCUAUGAGGGCAUUAAGCUCAACAAUGUGAACCACUAUGACUACAUCCUCACAGGAUACAGCAGGGACAUCUCCUUCCUGGAGACGGUGGUUGAUAUUAUUAAGGAGCUGAAGAAGGCCAAUCCCAGCUUGGUGUACGUUUGUGAUCCUGUUAUGGGAGACCAGGGUGCCAUGUAUGUUCCAGAGAACCUGCUGCCAGUCUACAAGAACAAAGUAGUGCCUUUGGCUGACAUCCUGACUCCAAACCAAUUUGAAGCAGAGCUCUUAACUGGGAGGAAAAUUAACACCGAGGAAGAUGCUAUUGAGGUGAUGGACCUGCUUCAUAAAAUGGGUCCAGAGACCGUGGUCCUCACUAGUACAGACCUUCCAUCGAAACAAGGGGACCAGUUCCUGGUGGCUCUUGGAAGCCAAAAAAUAAAGAAACCAGAUGGGACCAACACAGAUCAGAAAAUCUGCAUGGACAUCCCCAAAGUCGAUGCUGUAUUUGUGGGAACAGGAGACCUUUUUGCUGCCAUGAUGUUAGCCUGGACUCAUCAUCACCCCAAGGACCUGAAGACUGCCUGUGAGAAGACUGUUUCUGUCAUGCACCAUGUCAUUAAGAGGACCAUUACUUAUGCCAAUGAAAUGGCUGGCCCCGGGAAAAGGCCUACCCCUGCACAACUGGAGCUGAGGAUGGUUCAGAGCAAAGCAGACAUUGAGAAUCCUGCCAUUGUAGUGGAAGCCAAGGUUUUACAAAAGUCUUCACAGUGAAGACUGUAAUGUUCUCUGUGAACUUUUCACUUUAAGCUGGUAGAAAUCUGGGCGGUCCGCCAGACAAACAUAGGAUUUUCACAUCAAAGACUGUCACGUGUCUCUGCCUUACAGAAUCACUGGGGGGGGACGGGGAGGGGGGGUUUGGGGGGGGGGGGGCGUUACUACUGUUUUUAUUUUGUUCGUGAGCGGUCAGCAGGAUUUCUGUUUGUGUUCUGCUCACAGACACUGAAAUAACUGCCAUACGUGUCUGUUCUGUGGCUAGCGAAGACAACAUCUGCCUUUGAUUCAGAUCAAAAACAACACAUCAGCCAGUUUUGAACCCUUUUCAGACACAGGAUGCGUAACAUUACUGGCUUCAUCAGCCUCUCGGCUGAUUGCAUUGUGGCAUUCUGGCAUGGGUUAAUUUUAAGUUAAUGUCCCUAACAAUUGAAUUCAGACAUACUCGGGACUGUGACAGACACAGCUACGGUAUGAACACGAUAUUUGUGGGUCUGGUGAGAAAGCUUCACGCUGCCCCUCUUAGACAUGAAAGAGCUCGCUCUUCUGGAAUAGUGAAAAUGCAUCAUGUGGGAAUGUUUUAAUCUCAUUGCAAAUUUAAAAUGGUUGAUUAGAUACAAUAUUAAUAUGUACAUGUUACUGCUUUUUAUGUCGUCCUCUGGUGAGUUGAGAGACCCACUGAGAUGCACGAGAGGCAUGCCCAGUUCUGGUCUAACAGACCUGUCCGUUAAUGUGACUGCAAACAUUCAUAACUAUGCCAAGUUCAAAGCGAUUUGUAAAGGUAACUGGUGCAAAGAUUUUUAUUUACCUAGCAGCGAUUCACAACAACAGUCUGCUCAGGGCACUCUGUAUUGUACCGAUUAGACCCACAGAAUUAUACAGAGAAACCCAUUGACUUUCUUUAAGCAACUGGCAAUAUUGAGGAGAAAAAAGUCUGUUUUAAUAGCUUUGUCCUCACCCCAAGUUUCUUCAUUUAAGUAAAAAGUGCAACAAGUGACAACAACCAAUAUUAAAAUAGGCAAAAUGCAGGAAGCUAUAGAAAUGGGAAGGAUAAUGGGAUACACAUUUGUGUUUAGCCAUGAAGCUAUUGCAGCAGAUUAAUCUAAAGACAUGCAUGUCUGAAAGGGGCUCGUGUUUAUAUCGAAGAAUCAUUUCAAGGUAGUGAAAAUAAUUUAUUAAGCUGAACAGAAAACGCACAAAACCAGUGUUACAUGCAUGGCCAUUUGUCUACUUGUUUUGAGACUAGAACAUCACUACAAGUAUGUCGCUCACAAGGCAUUAUAAGCACAUCAAUAGACUAUCUGUGAUAACAUUAAAAGACGCUGGGUUAAUCCACUAUAAAAUGAUUUUUAACUGUUAAGAAUGCAUGCAAUGUGCUUAAAAUGCACUUCAUUUCAAGACAAGUGUUGCCACCUUAUAGAUCGAGUGGAUAAGUGCUGAAAUGUGUUUCAGUAGGUUGUAGUCUUGUUCUCAUUUUAUUCCAACUCUGCUAUUUUAGAAAACUUGCGACUUUAACGAUAAUCGUAAUAGCUGAUGUCAAAAAUGUUCUUUUAAUCAAUUUUCCUAAAAAUGAAGUUUGUCACCUCCUUUUUUUAAUUAUGCAAUGCUUUCUUGCAGGUGUGUAACAUGGUAGAUUCAUGUCUUAAGCAUCUCAAAUUGAGGUAUUUGCACAGAUGAUCUUUAAUAUAUUUACUAAUGGUCACUGUUUUCUUUUAUGACUGUUGUCAUAUCUCUAGAAGAGUGUCUAUGAGAGACCACGUUGUACUGUAGCCUUAACAAGGUUAGGAAAGCAAAACAGUGGUUGUGAAUGUUUUUGUGUGCUUAUAUCUGAUUCUCGCACAUAAUGUUAGAAAGUCAAGUGCCAAACCUUGAGCUGCUGCUCUGUUAUAGAGCAAUACAUUAACAAUUAAAAUAAUCUUUUUAUUGAAA